AUGGCGGCCGCCGGGGGCGAGGGGAAGGCGUCGUUCCUGGAGCUGGUGCGCUACGCCGACGCCCGGGACAGGUGCCUCAUGGCGCUCGGCGCGCUGGGGAGCUUCGGCGACGGCAUGAUGCAGCCGCUCUCCAUGCUCGUGCUCGGCGACAUCGUCAACAGCUACGGCAGCGCGGGGGCCGCCGGCAGCGGGUUCAGCUCCGGCGCCGUCGACAAGUUCGCGCUCCGGUUGCUGUACGUCGCGGUUGCUGUGGGCGCCUGCGCGUUUCUAGAGGGGCUGUGCUGGACGCUGACUGCCGAGCGGCAGGCGUCGAGGAUGCGGCGCCUCUACCUGGAGGCCGUCCUGCGCCAGCAGGUGGAGUUCUUCGACGCGCCCGCGCCGUCCUCGCAGGCCACCACGUUCCGCGUCAUCUCCACCAUCUCCGACGACGCCGACACCAUCCAGGACUUCCUCGCCGAGAAGCUGCCGAACGUCCUGGCGAACAUGACGCUCUUCUUCGGCGGUCUGGCCGUGGCCUUCGUCUUCGCGUGGCGGCUGGCGCUGGCGGGCCUCCCGUUCACGAUCCUCUUCGUGGUCCCGAGCGUGGUCCUCGGCAAGCGCCUGGCCGCCGCAGCCGGGGAGGCCCGCGCGGCGUACGAGGAGGCCGGCGGCGUCGCGGAGCAGGCCGUGGCAUCCAUCCGGACCGUGGCGUCGUACCGCGGGGAGCGCCGGACGCUGGAGCGGUUCGGGCGCGCGCUGGCGCGGAGCACGGCGCUCGGCGUCAAGCAGGGGCUCAUCAAGGGCGCCGUCAUCGGGAGCAUGGGGGUCAUCUACGCCGUCUGGUCCUUCCUGUCCUGGCUCGGCAGCGUUCUCGUCAUCCGCUUCCACGCGCAGGGCGGCCACGUCUUCGUCGCCUCCAUCUGCAUCGUCCUGGCCGGAAUGUCCAUCAUGAUGGCGCUGCCGAACCUGCGCUACUUCGUCGACGCCACGACGGCGGCAUCGCGGAUGCGCGAGAUAAUCGACAAGCUCCAGCCACUGGGGGCGGAGGGCAAGAAGGGCGCCACCAAGGAGAGCAUCAGGGGCCAGAUCGUGUUCAGGGACGUGCACUUCUCGUACCCGUCGAGGCCGGACACGCUGGUGCUGGACGGCUUGAACCUGACCAUCGCGGCGGGCGCCACCGUCGGCCUCGUCGGCGGCAGCGGGUCCGGCAAGUCCACCGUCAUCUCCUUGCUGCAGAGGUUCUACAGCCCUGACUCCGGCGAGAUACUGCUGGACGGCCAUGACAUCGCCGCGCUCAACGCGGAGUGGCUCAGGAGCCAGAUCGGUCUAGUGAGCCAGGAGCCCGUGCUGUUCGCGACGUCCAUCAGGGAGAACAUACUGUUCGGCGACGAGGCGGCGUCGCUCAAGCAGGUCGUCGCCGCGGCGAAGAUGGCCAACGCACACGACUUCAUCACCAAAUUGCCCCAUGGGUAUGAAACAAAUGUCGGGCAGUUCGGGACGCAGCUGUCGGGAGGGCAGAAGCAGCGCAUCGCCAUCGCCCGCGCCCUCAUCCGGGACCCCAGGAUCCUGCUCCUGGACGAGGCGACCAGCGCGCUGGACUCCGAGUCGGAGCUCGCGGUGCAGGACGCGCUGGACCGGGCGUCCGUGGGCCGGACGACCGUCGUCGUGGCGCACCGCCUGUCCACGAUCCGCAAGGCCGACAUGAUCGCGGUGCUCGACGCGGGCCGCGUGGUGGAGUGCGGCACGCACGACGAGCUCGUCGCCGCUGGCAUGAACGGCGGCGCCUACGCCCAAAUGGCGCGCCUGCAGAAGGCGCCCGUGGCGAGAGAGGAGCAGCGCCACCGCGUGGUGGAAGUGGAAUCGGAGAGCAGCAUGGUGUCGUUCCACAGCGUCGAGAUCAUGUCGCUGCCCAGCGACUACCAUCCAAGCCCGGCGCCGUCGUUCCGGUCGGUCGAACGCUCCGUGGACGUGGAAGACGACGAGCUCGCCGGCCGCGACACGGCGGCGCGCCGCCGCAAGCCCUCGCAGCUCCGCCUGCUCAAGAUGAAUCGACCGGAGUGGAAGCAGGCUCUUCUCGGGUGCGCCGGGGCAGUCGUAUUCGGUGCCGUGCUGCCGCUGUACUCGUACAGCCUCGGCUCGUUGCCGGAGGUGUAUUUCCUCGGCGACAAUGACCUCAUCCGUUCAAAGACCAGGCUGUACUCCCUCGUCUUCUUCGGCAUUGCCAUCGUCUGCAUCACGGCGAACAUUGUGCAGCACUACAACUUCGCCGUCAUGGGCGAGCGCCUGACAGAGCGCGUCCGGGCGCAGAUGCUCGCCAAGAUCCUGUCCUUCGAGGUCGGGUGGUUCGACGAGAAGGAGAACUCGAGCGCGGCGGUCAGCGCACGUCUGGCGACGCAGGCGACCAAGGUCCGCUCCCUCGUCGGCGACCGCAUGUGCCUCCUGGUGCAGGCGGCCGCCAACGCGGCGCUGGGCUUCUCCCUGGCGCUCGCCGUGUCGUGGCGGCUCGCCGUCGUCAUGAUGGCCAUGCAGCCCCUGAUCAUCGCGAGCUUCUACUUCAAGAAGGUGCUCAUGACGGCCAUGUCCAGGAAGGCCAAGAAGGCGCAGGUGCAGGGGAGCCAGCUCGCGGGCGAGGCCGUGGUGAACCACCGGACGAUCACCGCCUUCUCGUCGCAGCGGCGGAUGCUCCGCCUGUACGAGGCCGCGCAGGAGGGGCCCAGGAAGGACAGCAGGGUGCAGUCGUGGAUCUCCGGCUCCUGCCUCUCCCUGUGCCAGUUCAGCAACACGGCCAGCAUGGCGCUCGCGCUGUGGUACGGAGGCAGGCUUAUGGCCAGGGGGCUCAUCACGCCCACGCACCUGUUCCAGGUGUUCUUCAUGCUCAUGACCAUGGGGAGGGUGAUCGCCGACGCCGGGAGCCUGACGUCCGACCUAGCCAAGGGCGGCGACGCCGUGCGGUCCGUCCUCGACACGCUGGACCGCGAACCGAUGAUCAAGGACGAUGGCCGCGACGGCGACGAAGCCAAGGAGUCCAAGAAGAACAGCAAACAGAGGCAGCAGGAGAUCAAGGGCGUCAUCGAGUUCAGGAACGUGCACUUCAGCUACCCGACCCGGCCGGAGGUGGCCGUGCUCGACGGGUUCACCCUCGAGAUAGGCGCGGGGAAGACGGUGGCGCUCGUCGGGCCGAGCGGGUCCGGCAAGUCCACGGUGAUCGCCCUGAUCGAGCGCUUCUACGACGCGCAGAAAGGCUCGGUCCUGAUCGACGGCCGGGACAUCAGAAGCUACAGCCUUGCGCACCUGCGGUCGCACAUCGCGCUCGUCAGCCAGGAGCCGACGCUGUUCUCCGGCACGAUCCGUGACAACAUAGCGUACGGCGAGGAGCACGCCACCGAGGACGAGGUGACCAGCGCCGCCAAGCUCGCCAACGCCCACGAGUUCAUCAGCGGGAUGGAGGGCGGCUAUGACGCGCGUCUCGGCGAGCGAGGGGUGCAGCUGUCGGGCGGGCAGAGGCAGAGGAUCGCGCUGGCGCGCGCGGUGCUGAAGAACGCGAGGGUCCUGCUGCUGGACGAGGCGACGAGCGCGCUGGACACCGUGUCGGAGCGGCUGGUGCAGGACGCCGUCGAGCGGAUGCUGCGGGGGAGGACGUGCGUGGUCGUGGCGCACCGCCUCUCCACGGUGCAGAAGUCGGACGUGAUCGCGGUGGUGAAGGACGGGAAGGUGGCCGAGAGAGGGCGGCACGGCGAGCUCAUCGCCGCCGGGCCUGGAGGGAUGUACUACAACCUCAUCAAGCUGCAGCACGGCAGGUCACCGUGUCUUAGUCCUAUGUAACGUAACUUUUUUGUAUGGCCAACAGCAGCAGAGAGGGCACAGCAGCCGAAGUGCUGGUCGGGGUCCUCGGGGAGGUGUCCAUCUCCCAUAGCCGACCGAAGCAUCCUAGCCGACACAGGAUGCAAUCUGCAGUUUCAAGAGCCCGCACGGCAU